AUGAACAUCUCAAGGCUUACUCUGCAUUCCAGCAUGUACUAUGAUAUUUGGCUACAAGAUGUCCUCACUUUUCCUGGGAAGGAUCUUAAAAACAGAACAAGAUGGAGUUGUAUUUUAGGAGCUAUUCCCAUGAUGGAGCAAUUUUUCUUGUGUUUUCGAUCGCUCGUUCCCAAAAACAGUGGAAACGUGUUCGAUUUGUUUGAAAUUAUCAUACCGUCGACAAAGAAACGACAAAUACCCAGUGUUCGCAAUUAUAAUGGCGUAAAACGAAGAAAAAAUACAAAUCAAAUUGAAACAGUGAAAGCUGAUUUGGUCAUCAAUGUGCCUAAAGGUUCUAAUAUUCCAAUCAAUAUCGAUAUCAAUUUAUCAAUAUCACCAUUGAAUCUUCAACGUUAUUAUAAUGAAAUUCUUCUUCGUUGUUCACAUCGAAUUAUUUCAUUUAACACGACAAAUAAUUGUAAUUGUGUUCGAGAUAAUUCUCUUUAUAAUAUUUUAUCACGUUCGACUCGAUUGGAAACACUUGUCCUUGAAAAUAUAAAUUUUGGAUAUACGGAAAUUCUUCUUGAAAAAUUCUCUUCAUUAUCAAAUCUUUCUACAUUAGUCAUUGAUCUUACUUGGAGUAGUCGAUAUAAAGAAAUUCUUCUUGAAAUAUUUCGUCUACCUAAGUUAAAAUAUCUUCGAUUGAAAUCAGACAUUGGACAAGUACAAGUACACCGAUACAUUUGUACUCAGUACCAAUUAUNCAAAGAAGGAAAAUUAGUGGCUGGAGGAAAUGGCGAAGGAAAUCAUCUGAAUCAAUUGAAGUAUCCCAAUGGAAUCAUUGUUGAUGAUAAAGGUCAAAUUUAUGUUGCAGAUGGUAAUAAUCAUCGAAUAAUGCGUUGGUGUGAAGAAAGUCGAGAAGAUGAAAUAAUUGUUGGUGGAAAUCGAGAAGGAAAUAAAUCAUAUCAAUUGUCUUAUUCCCGUGGUUUAUCAUUUGAUGUUCAACGAAAUCUUUAUGUUGCUGAUUUCGAAAAUCAUCGAAUUUUGAGAUUUGAUUUAGUUUGUGAAUAA